GUAUGAAGUGUGUGGUGAUCUAGCGUCUUUCAACAUUUUCUCAGUAAAACAACGAUCUUUCAAAGGCGGAAAAUCAUAGGAUGUCUUUUUAUGUUAUACUUUUUAGUGCUAUUUUUUAUUUUGCACCAGGCACAACAGCCAACAUUACUUCCAGCACUAAUGAAUCAACAGUCCGUAGUACUAUCACAAGCGGAAACGCAUCAAAAAUACCAAAUAAAAUUACAGCAGAAGCAGUGACGUUUCUAUCAGAGGUUUCAGUAACAACAAGCAGGACUACAAUAACCGCAACAAACAUUGAUACAGACACCUCAGGAAAGUCCAGGAUGACCGACUGUCGGCUGCCAGGGGUGUUACACAGAGGACCAAGAAACAUAACAGAAUCCGGACGAUCGUGCCAAAGGUGGCAGACACAGACUCCACAUGCGCACAAUUAUGAUAUGUUUACACUCGCUCAAGAAAACUACUGCAGGAAUUUUGAUAGAGAAGAGCCAUGGUGUUUUACUAAUAACUCAAACGUUCGUUGGGAACAAUGUGGAGUGGAAGUUUGUGACACGCCUUGCCUCAACCAGUCCUACUAUAACACAGAGAUCACCUCCAGCUGUUUGUCUCACACCCCCACUGAUACCGACUACUGCAAUUAUAUGUGGAGCCUCGUGAAGUGUCUAAAGAAUCGUGUCGAGAAUUCCUCUGGUGUUCAAUGUUCACCUCAGAUUCAGUUAAAGUCAAUUGCUCUGCAAAAUAGAAACACGAUAGAAAUGUUGACACGGAAAUCUAUUUCUGAAUGUAUCGUGCCCCCAUGUGUUGAGAGGCUGACCUCCGUUGACGGUAUGACAAACAUUAUAACCCCGUGCUAUCAACAGAACCAAGGGACAUUUUCAGCUAUUUGCCGACUUACACAACGAGCAAUCCACUGUGCAAUAGCAAUGGUAAACUAUAACUCAAACUCAACCUGUGUCGCCGCAGAUAAAAUGCAUCUUGCUCAAACUAUUUGUAUAUCUGACUUCCAAUCCGAAUUUUCUCAGCAACGAGAAAAUACAACAGUUCUUGUAGGGAAUACAGAUCAAGACCCGACAGCGUCCUCAGACCACAUUAUUGUCAUCCUAUCCAUCGGGCUUGUUCUAACAUUGAUUGCCAUCAUUUUCAUUGGUGUUGGACUAUUUAAAAUGAGAGCAAAAAAAUUACGGAAGACGGCACGACGAUUACCAAGUAUUGCAAAGACAGGAGAGCAUCCUUACGAAAUCAAAUUGCACUAUCCGGAGGAAACUAGCUACGUUGAUCCGGAUUAUCAGACCAUCGAAGAAAUCAACGACGGAUAUCAACAUCUUGGAGGUUAUAACAUUGAAGAUGACAGUGAGGAGAAGAGUGAUGAUACAGGAUCGUAUGUACAGCCCAAUGAUGUGCAUGUAGUUGCUACAAUUACAGAUGAGGAUGGAGAUGACAAGCAUCAUUCUUAUCUACAAAUCAUAGAAUGUCCAGAAAAAUCCUCAUUCACAAACAACGAAUGUACUAACUUUACUGAAUUAACGUCGACAAAAUGCAAUAACGAAAAUAUGAUUGGACAGGAGAGAAAGAGAGAGUCAGAGAUUACCCGUGAGGUGUCUGAUAUAAAUCAACAAGAAACAGCAACUCUCACCGAUGAUAACAACUCUAAAGAAAAUUACGAUGUUGAAAUUGUAGUUAAUACAGUGUCAUUUGUAUCAGUGGUCGACACAGCAGACGAUUGAACGGGCUUGUAACUGGAAACGCCAACCAGGAAUUUGACAUAGAGCUCUUAAAGUGGUUUAGGGUACCUGUUACACACUUCACUCUUGUAAUUCGAGUAAAGUUCAACUUUCUAAGUGAACACUUUAUCAGAUCAGGGGAUGAACCACCGUAUUGUCAUUCCUUAUCAUGAAUUAUAAUUUCCAGUGAUGAUAUUCUACUCGUAUCACUUAGUGAUUGAUAACACGAAUAAAUCAGCAAAGGGAAAGAAUGGAAUUCCUCACGCCAAAUUUGUUUAUUAUUACAAACAUGAAAAAAGUUAAUAAAAUGUAAAGUGAUCAAUCUCACGAAUCCUAUUAUGAAUACGAAAUCAAAAAUAGGGAAAUGUGUACCUCAGAAAACACAAGAGAUUGUAUCAGUUACCCAGGAGGAAUAAACAUCCUCUUUUGACUGGUCACGCGCACUGUUAACCUAACUGCCUUGAUCAGAUAAACAGAGCAAUCCGAAGUCAAAAUCAGUAUGUAAAAAUUGCCUUUAUAAAAUGUAAUGAAACACAUCUGACGGCACUCUGCCUACUGGCAGGUUGUAUUAGCAAAUAAGAUAAUUAUGAUGCUCAUGGAAUGUGGGAAAACCUUGACUUUAACCCAGCCUUUAGAAACCCUUAUAACAUCAACGUAUUUAUCAGUAGCCUACCACUCUAAGAAUUCGUCAUACCCAGUACAUAUCCAUACGUAUCGAAUCAGUAGAGUAUAUUAAUUGCUGUGAUAAAGUAUAGAAAAUCAUUUCAAAAUUAAGGAUUAUCUCCCUCAUGCAUUGCUCUUAUCCUUGGACGAAUUUUGCUCCACUUUUUGACACUUUGUUUUUCCCUAAAAUAGUUCUUACAAGUGUGUUGUUAAUUCGGAUUUCAGAAAUUUCGAUUGAGCAUCACUGAAGAGACAUUAUUUGUCGAAAUAUGCAUCUGGUGCAUCAAAAUUGGUACCGUAUAAGUUUUACAUUGUGAGACAUAAAAACAAUCAGCAGGUGAUGAUGUAAUAUUACUACAUAAUAUCGGAAGUAAACGAUGAUGUAGCUGAAGACAUCCCGUUGUCAUAAAUUGAUUAACUAGUAUAUCAUGGAUGUCAAUCAAACCUCCUUAUAUGAAGAAAAUAUGCAUUUUAUUUCAAAUUCACUGGGAUAUACCGAAUCGACAUAUAAGUGAAUAUGAAAAUUAUUUCUUUAUACCAAAGACAACCUAACCGAAGUUAAAAAUUAUCAAAAAUUAAUCGAGAUGUUUCUUAUUCAAUCCACUUACUUACAUGAAUAUUCUUUAAGUAUGGAAACUUGGAGAUAACGGAACGUAUUUCAUUUACUGAUACAAAGUUCUUGAUUUAUAUUAUGUGAUAUUAUGUAAUGGAUUUCUACGCGCUACUAAUAAAUCUCAAGUGAAAUAGAUCGGAUCCAAUUUGCAAUUGGAUUGUGGCCUGUUUUAUUUGUAAAACCCACCUUAUUUGAUUGCAAGCAGCUCUAUUUCAAUAUUUCAUUAUGUGUUGUAGGGGGUCAUAUUGCAUAAUCAUACGUAUGUGAUACAUGUAUUUUUGUUUUCGACUCAUUUUCUCUCCUACUAGGUAUUCUGCUGUAUAACUUCUUCAUUUUCAAAUUAAAUGACAUUUUGACAAUUCACA